UGCCGAAGAGGAUCCACCGUCUAGCAAUGGACUACAGCCUCGCGGCGUUGAAGCUCUUCUGCGGCGAACUCAAGGAUGUUCGCGCCGCAUCCGCCUCCGCCUCUUCCUCUGCCGCCACCCUAUUCGGCAUCCUCUUCCAGCGCGCCUGGCUGCAGGCAGGGUGUUUUGGUGUCGGGCACCGAUGAGGGGCGCUUCCUUCUCGAUGACGGCUCCGACGUCGUCGAGCUCCUCCUCUCCGCCGAAUCCCAGCCCCAGCAGUGGAAGAUUGGGAUGUACGUGAUGGUCGUCGGGCCGUACGUCGCCGCUCAAUCCGGUGGCCUUUCCACGAUCAGGGUUCAUAAGAUGGUGGAUCUCUCGCAACAUCCUGAUCGGGAAGCAAUGUGGCAUUUGGAAGUCAUGGAAGCUCAUAAGUUGUUCUACCUCCCAUCACCCCAGUAACAGUUCUCUUCCUCGUACGCACAUCAUGGUCCGGCAAUUAACAGAGAAAUUGUUUGCGGAUCAUUUAAAGCUGUCAUUCUGCGACAAUUUGCUGCAUGUCCAAGAAUCUCAGAGGAUUUCAUGUUCUUCAACUAUGGCUUGUGAAGAACAUUUUGUCAAAGUGUUUUCUAAAUAUUUGAUCUUUUUGUCUA